UUGCGAGCCGAAGAGGUCGAUCUCAUCGAUAGAAUCAUAGUGAAGAUAGUGAACAAUAGCUGCAAAGAGCAAGUCGCCGCCGGUCUUUUGGAUCUCGAGCAGAGCUCGGCUCUAGAUCUGACGAACUGGUGGGGAGAGGCUUUGGCGGCGCUGAGCUCGAAUCUCUUCCAGAGAGUCAUCAAGGUGAUGAAAGCUAAGAAAGGGACGAUCACUAGGAUCUUGAUGAACUACGCACAGAGCUCGGUUCAAGGCGGCCUAUCGUCGGAGGAACAGACUCUCGCGAAUCAGAAGAUCAUCGUCGAAACGAUCGCCGGUUUGCUUCCGACGCAGAGGAGGAAGUGCGAUGCGCCGAUCGCGUUCCUUCGGGGCUUCUGAAAACCGCGACGAUCGUUUCGGGAUCGGCGAUGAACUUGGAGAGGAGAAUCGGCCUUCGAUUGGACAGAGCCAUUAUCGCGGACAUUCUGAUUCCGGCGAAUUGCCGCCACAAGGGGGCACACUCGAUCUACGAUACUGAUUCGGCACUGAGGAUCUUCUCCAUCUUCCUGAAUUCGAACGACGAGGAGGAGGAGGAAGAGCACCGAUCGAGAGAAGACAUCGACGGUGGUUACUACGAACAGAGCUCUCUGCUCAAAGUGUCCAAUCUUUUGGAUAGCUAUCUCGCAGAAAUCGCAUUGGACUCCAACUCGACGCCGGCGAAGUUCAUCGCUCUCGCUGAACUGCUCCCUGAUCACACAGCGAAUGAUGGUCUGUACAGAGCUAUCGAUAUCUUCCUCAAGAUAAUUUAUUUUAGGUUAAAGGAGUUCACUCUUUCAUUACCUGAAAACGUAAGGUUGGUCCUUUCUGUAGUGUUAGUGCUGCUCAUGAAAUUGGUGAGAGUGUUCGUCAUCAGAUACACAAAAAACAUAGUCAAGUUUGCUGAAGUUUUCAUUCACAUUGAUCCAUCAUAGUCUAACUGCUCUAUUUUGGAAGAAAGAAAGAAUUUGAAGGGCUUAGAAGGCAGAGACUCGAACGGUCUUUCCAGGCAUCAAGAAGCUGAAACCAUUGUGUCUGACAUUUUGUCAAAGCAAUUCUCUAAGCAGAUGUCCCUAGAACACAUCACACUCCACUCAUUGCAAGGGAAGAUAUUGGUUCAAGCUCUAGUCUCAAUGCCUGCUUAGAUGCUUAUUAGUGAGGCAAUGGACAUAGCCAAGAGAGCGGCAAAGGAGAUCCUGCCAGUUACAUCUAGUAUCAACCAAGUCAGCAUCCAAUUACGAUUAGGCAGGCCAAUCUCAAAGCAUCACGAACCAGUGGUCAUGAAAAAAGAAACAGAAGACCCCAAAGUUGACACUGUUCAAGGUCAAAUGUAAGUCUAUCAUAAUAAGGUACUGGUGACUGAGGCUACGAUCGCUCCCUCGUCAAGAAACAACUCAAUGAUUGAGAAUAAAGAUGUACCCGCACAUUUUCUUUCAAAGUUUGUGUCUGCACACACCAUCAUUUCGAUUUUGUCAGAGCAUCUGUGAGGGGUUGUGUGUUUAUCGGCUCUAUCGAUUCUCUGUUGAAGCUCUGUUUGUGUAGAACUUAUUGGCACCUCAAUCUUGUUUCGUGCAAGUUUAUUUAACAAAAAAGACUUGAGUUAUACACCUACUUGUAGAUUGAUUACAGAAUAAGCAUAUUGUUUUUUCCUA